GCUUCUGUCGCUGCUGUCGCCGCGCCCGCUCGCCCGCCCGCCCGCUCCAGCGUCCCGGCUGCACCAGACCCCGGAACCCCACUCCCCCCGACUUGGCGCGGAGGCCUGGCGCCGGGUCCAUGCGACCCCUCCGCACGCUCAGCCCCAGCACCGGACCCCAGACCCGCACCUGAGCGCGCGCCCGGAGCGCGGGCGGCAGCCAGGGCUAGGGCAGCAUGGGGAAAUUUCAGUCCAAGCACGCCGCCGCAGCCUUCAAGCGGAGAGAGAACCCUGAAGGGGACAGCUUCGUGGUGUCUGCGUACUCGAGUGGCCGCAAAGGCACCGUGGAGGCGGAGCGGCGCGGCGGCGUGGAGCACCGCGCGCGGGACAAGCAGGAGCUCCACAGUGGGGACCCCAAGGAGGGACCUUUCCGGGAGGACCAGUGUCCUCUAGAGGUGGCACUGCCCCCUGAGAAGGCUGAGGGUCGAGAGGGUACCGGACAGCUCUUCAGUCCAGAUGAUGCUGAGAGAGCGGCAAACCGCGAAGGUCUGCGAGGCCUGGGCAAGAAGCGCCUGAACAUCGACGCGCUCCAGUGCGACGUCUCGGUGGAGGAGGACAACCGCCAGGAGUGGACCUUCACGCUCUACGGCUUCGACAACAGUGGGAAGGCCACCAGGGAGGACAUGUCCAGCCUGAUGCACACCAUCUACGAGGUCGUCGACGCCUCCGUCAACCACUCCUCGGGCAGCAGUAAGACCCUCCGUGUGAAGCUGACCGUCAGCCCUGAGCCCUCCAGCAAAAGGAGGGAGGGUCUCCCCGCCUGCCAGGACCGGGAACCCACUCGCUGCAGGACGGAGGGCGAGGUCUUCGAGGACCCCAGGGUGGCUGACAGGAGGCUGUCUGCUCACAUCAGGAGGCCCAAUGCUGACCCCCACCCCUGCCCUGUGAGGGGGCUGUACUGCGUGGAUGAGAACACGGAGCGGAGAAACCACUACCUGGACCUGGCCGGAAUAGAGAACUACACGUCUAAAUUCGGACCUGGGUCCCCGCCAGCACAGGCCAAGCAGGAGCACCAGGGCAAGGCCUCACACCCCCCGAGCAGGUCCCGCUCCCAGGAGUCAGAUGCACACACUGUGCACAACCGCAGGUCCCAGGUGCUGGCUGACCACGUCCUGCUGGCCGGCGACCCCACUGCCCGGGCCCUGGACGUGCAGCCCCGGCUGAAGGGGCAGGAAAAGCAGUUCCUCAAGUCCCCCAAGGGCUCGGGCAGGCCACCUGGGGUGCCCAGUGGGGGCGUGCCCAUUGGGGGCAUGCCAGGUGCGGGCAAGCCCGGGAGGGCUUUCAGCUACCACCCACCGGCUGCCUUGCCCCAGGCCCCCCAGGACGGUCACCACCUCCCGCAGCCCCCGCCGCAGCCCCCGCCGCAGCCCUACGGCCACAAGCGGUACCGGCAGAAGGGCAGGGAGGGCCACUCGCCCCUCAAGGCCGCGCUGGGCCAGCCUGCGGUAAUGGAGCACGAGGUGGUGCGGGACCUGCCGCCCAUGCUGGUGGGGGAGGGCUACGCGGUGCCCGUGGUCCAGCGCCACGAGCACCACCACCACCACGAACACCACCACCACCACCAUUACCACCACCACCACCCGUCCUAGCGUGCACGCCCGCCCCAGCGCCCCCGGCCCGGAGCCCGGCGGCAGGUCUCCCGUGGGCGGC